UCCUGCCAGCUGGCUUUCUGCAUCCAUGCACCUGCUUUGGCAGCUGGGUGUAAAGGAUUCUGAAGAAUAUGUGCACACAGACACUCAGAUUAUUGAUCCCAUUAGGUGAACCCAUAUGGAUUUUCAUGAAAAUUGUGUUUGCAUUGAUAGGACAUUUUCCUGUGGACACUACCUCACUGUCAACAAAAGAGGACACUAAGGACCUGUCUCCCUUGGAAAAUCCCUGCUUCAAUGAAAGAAGUUAACCAGGCACUAUCAAAUCAGUUUAUUUCCCUUACUAAGAGAGACUUCGUGGACAGAGCCAAAGCUCAGAAGAUUAAGAAAAGUUCUCGCCUGUCUCUGGAAUGGAAAAAGUUCCUUCCCCAACCUCCAGACACCGAAUUCCGAAGGAAUUACCAAAUUCCAGCUAAAAUUCCCGAGCUUCAGGAUUUCAGUUUCAAAUACGGAUGCUAUGCAAGCUUGCCCGUUGCUUCUCGGGGUGUAGUGCCCUCCGUGCUGCACAGCUACCUCAGGAACCAAGAGCAUAUGAAGAAGCAGACCACAUACCAACGUGACUACGACAGAACCUACCUAGAUUUCUUAAUGCUUUUAAACUCAUUUACUUCCUCUCAAGUCAAAAAGUACCUUCAGAGUGUUUCCUACAAAGAUAGACAAAUUCUUGAUCGCUUUAUUUGUACUCAUUGUGACACUAACAAAAAGGAGAAAUGAAAGGGGAAAAUAGUUCAAAUGAAGAAAAUCUGAAAAUCAAUGGAAGCACGAGGACCUUCCUAGUCAUUUUCUCAAUUAUCAACAAAAAAUAAGAUGCAAAUAACUCCAAGUAUGUUGUGAUAGUCAUGAGUUUGUGUAUUUUGCUUUGCUUUAUUUUUAAAUAAUAAAAUUAUUUAAGGCUACAAAUUUUCCCCUGAACAUAGCUUUAGCUGUAUCCAGUAGGUUUGGAUAUAAUUUUUUUUUUCUUUUCCCUUUUGGAUACUUAAUUUGUGGUUUCAAUUUGAUUUCUCCUGUGAACUAGGAAUUAUGUGGAAAAGAAUUUUAAAUUUCCCAAUAAUUCGAGAUUUAAAAAAUCAUUUUAUUCCAUAUCUCUUCUUUGAAUGAAGGAAAGUUUAAAAAUCUGCUUUCGGGAAAUUAAAGUUUUAUUUAAUGCCAUUAAUCAAGUAUAUGAUUAAUUUGUGUGUUACAUGAAUAUAAGAGAAAUAUUACAGUUUAUUGUAUUUUUGAAAUCCCUUAUAUCUUUAAUUGUAUACUUGGACUGUUCUAUUCUGAAAGAAUAUUGCAACCUCCCACAAUAAAUAUAUUUUUAUCAAUU